AUGGAGUUUGGGUCGUACGACGACUACCUCGAGUCGCUGGUCGACGCUGAAGGUCUGCAAUAUUUCGGUGAUAGGGAAAAUUUGAUCAGCCUCUUCCGGACCGGCUAUCGUGCCCUUACGAAGGAUGCGUUUGAAGCGCAGCAAAGCGCUCACCAGGAUUCGAAGGAUCCUAACGCACUGUUUAGCCGGAACCUCGAACCGACGGCAGAGUUCCUGCGUGAGCUGGCAGUGCGGGAGCGUCCGAACCGGUUGGGUCUUUUAUCGACCAUCAUUUACAUCCGCUGUAUGAGGAAAAGUGUGGAAAUUUCCGGCUACAUCGAUUACGAGGAAGCACUGCGCCGUGUGCAACGGGAUCUGCCGUACUCGAACGACUGGAAGGCGAUCUUUGCCGGAGAAAGAAUCCUGAGACCGACGCCGCUCGAUCUGCUCUACUACAAUUCGCGAUCGGGGCGCACCUUGAGGAACAACACCCGCAACUACCGCAUCCUGUGCGAUCCGGUGCGGGGUCUCAUGUUUCGCAAUCUGUACGAUCGUAAGGAUAUCUACCCGGAUCCGGUCACCGGGUACUGCGGUACGAAUACGAGCCGAUUGGAGCUAGCAGCGAGCAGCACGUACGACCAGGUCGCUCUCUACGAUCAUGUGGUCCGGAAGAAUUACUAA